CACCACCUGCCGACUACAAGUUCAUUAUCAGGUGUGAGGACGCUACACCACUGUGCCGCGGCCUAUUGCUCAAUUAGCUCCGUGCGGACGAUCGACGCGAUGGGUCAGAACUGCUCAUGCCUGGAACACCCGCCCAAGUACCAGCGACGACAGUCCGACGACUUAGACACGGUGGACAUGGAGCGAGGUGACGACGACGACGACCAGGAGCUAGAGGUUUUAGUGGGCGUGCAGGAAUCCCAUGAGCUGCUUGGUGCCAGGUCAAGAACGAGUUCAGGCGGUAGGAGUAAUCAGGGGAUCGUCUUAAAGAGGUCUGGAUCGCCUGGGCUCAUGGCAGACGCAGGCAGAAAAGAUGACGAGGAUGAAGAGAAGGAGACGGAAGAGCAGCGCAUGCGUCGCAGCCUCAGCAUGGGACUCCUGGGGCUGGAUGCAGACCACUAUCCUACACCAUCACCUCGACCAGAAGAGCUGUCAAGGCUGUUGCGUUCGUAUCAGGAGGUCACUGGUGUGGUCGACGAAGGCCAACUUGACCUCGAGUGCAUCAUGUGCUUGGACACAUUUUCGGAGGAUAACCCCAAGGUUCGCACGUUGUGCAACUGCGGCAUGAAUCGCACUAACUUUCACAUGAGCUGCUUGCUCGAGUGGCUCAAUCGUGACGCGAAUUGCCCAGUUUGUCGCGAGUAUCUCUUUUUCGAGGACUCUUAA